UUUUAUAAAUUUGUAAUAAUAUAAAUAAUGGUAAAGAAUACUGGAAGAUCAGGCUUAGGUGAGGAUUCCAAGGAAUCUUCGGGAAAGAAGACUAAGAAAAGUAUUAGUAAAGAGUGUAAAAUAUCUAAUGCAAUAAAAGCUUUAAGUGAACAAAUUUUAAAAAGAAGUGUUGAUCCGAGUCAUGGAAGAUGGGUUGAUUUGGAUUCUGAAAGGCCAUCGCCAAGAGCACACUCAACUCUAACAUUAAUUGAAGGACCCCUUUGCGUGAUGUUUGGAGGAGAGUUUUUUGACGGUUGUAAGGUUAACUUGUAUAACGAUACAUUCCUAUAUAAUUUAAGUACAAAUAAAUGGAAGGUUUUGGAUACUCCAUCAGUGCCACUUCCAAGAUGUUCACAUCAAGCAACAUACUACAAUAAUCGCAUUUACAUAUUUGGUGGAGAAUAUAACACACUGGAUGAAUUCCAUCACUUCAAUGACAUUAGUUAUCUGUGUUUAUCAACACUAAGGUGGAAUAAGCUGGAUGUACCAUGUCAAUUACCUACUCCUAGAAGCGGUCAUAGAAUGGUAUUAUGGAAACAUUACUGGGUAUUAUUUGGUGGGUUCCACGAUAACGGAAAGGAAUCGACAUACUACAAUGACCUGUAUUACUUUGACUUGGAUAAUAAUCGAUGGCAUCAAGUUAACCAGAAACUAUUUACGGCAUCACUACCGGAGCCGAGAGCAGGCUGUGUAUUACUGUCAUUGAAUGAUGGUAAACACCUGAUGAUGCAUGGGGGAUUCAGUAAAAAGGACUCAUCAAAUGAUGUGGUUGGAUUGAGUUACAAGGAUUCAUGGCUUAUUGACAUGAAUUUGUUGUUGUCAAACAAUGGAAAUGUUCUAGUAUGGUCGAAAGUAAAAGGCUGUGAACCCGAGUUUUCUACAGGCUUAUCAUAUGCCACAAGUUCUGAGUACGCUGUUUUGUUUGGAGGAGUUAACGACGAGUAUAAAGGACUACAUGUAAAGUCCACAUUCUCAAAUAAGUGCUUUAAGUUAAAUUUAAACCAAAGGAAAUAUAAUCCAACUGAAAUAGUAUUUGACCAAGAAAAUAAAGAAGAUAACCUGGGAUUCUCACAGUUAUCAUUGUCAAGGUCACAUCCUACCCCGAGAAUGAACUCCAACGGAGUAGUAUACAAUGACACAUUUUAUAUAUUUGGAGGAAUAGUUGAGGUUAAAGAUGUGGAAAUCACAGAGAGUGAUUGCUGGGCACUGGAUCUUAAAAGGAACGAGUGGAAGUGUAUAGAUGAGGGCUAUGAAAAUGAACAGUUGUACAAUAAUCAAAUAGAAUCAGACGAAAGUGAUGAAGAAAUCGAAGAGGAAAUGGAUGAAGAUAGUGGUGAAGAAACAGAAGAAAUGUAUGGAUCCGACGAAGGUGAUUCUUACGAGGACACGGAAGAUGAUUUAGAAGAUUAAUGAAUAAACAGUGAAGAUUCUAAGAAUAAACAUAAUAAGUAAAAGAUCUAGAUCAAUAGUGAAAAUUUAAUGAGGAGAGAAAAUAUCAAUUCAUGAGAAGUGUUGGAUAAAAAAAGAAAAGUACUAAAAAGAGACACAUUAAUAAGGAUAGAUAAAGAAUUGAACAGGGAUCACAUGAUAAUUGGAUCGUAUAAUGUAUUUAAAGGGGAUUUAGUGACCAUAAAGGUACUUUAAUUACCUCAUAAAUCCGAGUAAUGGUGCUGACCGCUGC